AUAGACACAGUUCGGUUUUUUUGUUCGGUUCACCUGCCCAGUCCGGGUCCAGACAGUCAGUAGUGGUUCCCAGGAGCCCGGCCCACAUGUUGCUCCGGCUGACUGUGGCACCGCCCACUCCUUUUCCUCGGGGCCGAGUCUGGAAGUCAGUGAGUCGGAUGUGACUGGAUCUGCCGGUUCUGGAGGCGGAUCCGAAUUCAGCUGCGAUCCGGAUUCAUUCAAUGUGUCGAAGGUGUUGAUGCGCUUUUGAAACCAAAUACAGCUGGACUUUGGUUUGUGCAGUGCGGAAGGGUCGAUAAAGUUUUGGGGGAAAGUUUCAUGUGGGGAACCGGUCCAGUGUUGGGAGUCUGACCGGGACCUGCUGAGUUUUCUCCGGCUGCACAGACCUGAUCGGUACCGGAGGACCUGUUCCCGCCCUGCUGCAGCAGACAUGUGGCGCAGACUGUCACUGCUGAUCUUGUGUUGCAGUGUGAGAGGACUUGAUGCUCUGGAGCCGGACAGAGCCGCGGACUCUUCGCGGGAGCAGAUGCCGCUGACCGAGGCGGCAGCACUGGGUAAACCGGUCCAGGAUGCUCCCUCCGCGGCUACACAGCAGGGGACCCCGGGGAGAGAGCAGCAGUCCGCGGCCGAGCCUCUGGAGGACGAGCUGGACAACCAGGAGAACAUCAUCAGCCAGCUGCUGAGUGAUUACGACAAAGUGAAGACGGUGUCGUCAGGCUCCGACUGUGUUUGUCGCUGCAUCGUUCGACCAAUCAAACGCUCCGACUGCAGCCGUCUCCACGACAGCGAUGACGUCGCGUCACCCUCCCAGGAUUUUUACACGGUGGAGACGGUUGCCAAGGGGACGGACUGUAAGAAGUGCGUGUGCAUGGCUCCACCUUCAGCGGUCAACCCCUGCGAGGGAGAGUACAGGUUUAAGAAGCUGCAGGAGGCCAGCAAGGACGACAUCAAGCUGGCGACUAUCAUGGACUUGUUGGAGGGCUCUCUGUACGGCAUGGACUUGUUAAAGCUCCACUCGGUCACCACCAAACUGCUGACCAGGGUGGACAACAUGGAAAAAGCCUUCACCCGUAACCUCACAGAGAGAGCAAGAGAGAAGGAACGAGCAAAAGAAAAGGAGAAAGAGAAGAAGAGCCAGCAGAAAAAAAAGAAAACGAGUGAUCUGGGGAACGUGGGACAGAAAAGCCGAGCGCCUGCCUACACCAACAAGCAGAAGGAUUUCGAAGGUCAGCCGAAGAAGAACCAGCAGCAGGACGGUCUGGAGCUACAGCAGCCGACCAGGAACAAGACAGGAACCCAGAAGCCCAUCAAAGAGAAGACGGAGCCGCGGCCGCCAGUCAAAGACAAGAGCAGCGUGGUCAUCCGGGGCGUGACCUAUUACAAGGCGGAGGAGGAGAGCUACAAGGAGGAGGAGAGAGGGAGAGGGAAGAACACGAAUGUGACGGCGAACACCUCAGACGUACUGAUCUCCGACCAGCUCCCGCCCGCCAGGACGUCCCCCACCCACAAUCCAGCACCCGCCCCCACCGUUGGCAGAGACUACAAGGAUCCCCCACCGAGGACAGCAAGCCAGCCCCCCAAAGAUCCCCCCACCACCACCCGACAAACCACAACUGCAACCAAACCGGCCCCCACCGCCACGAAACCAACUCCAGAGCCAACAACCGCCAAACUGGCGACUACUUCCCAGCAAACGACCACUCCCAGGACUCCGCCCACCACACCUGUCGCUCAGCGCAACGCCUCGGCUUCAGAUACCAAUAUAGGUGCACCCACUGCUGCGCCUCCCACGGCGGAGUCUGUGCAGGGAGCCAGAAGUCGCCUCACCUGGACGGAGAGCCCGGCCGACCAACCGAAGACCACCAAGAAGCCCGGAGUGUGCAAGGACACCGUCGCCAGCCUGUCCGAUCCCGUCCAGCACAACUCGUACGGCCAGAGUGAGGGAGCGUGGAUGAGAGAUGCACGUGGCCACGGCAACGUCAUCUACCUUACCAGCGGUCACUAUGACAACAACCUCCUAGAGUUCCGAGACAUGGAAACCUUCAAAUCAGGUCAGGUGAGUAACACCUACAAGCUGCCCUACAGUUUCACCGGGACGGGCCACGUCGUGUACAACGGGGCGUUCUACUACAACCGGGCGUUCAGCAGGGACGUCAUCAAGUACGACCUGAGACACAGAUACGUAGCCGCCUGGACCACGCUGCAUGACGCCAUACUGGAGGAGCAGGCUCACAGGACACAGACUGAAGUGGAGUUCGCCGUGGACGAGUCCGGCCUGUGGUUACUCUACCCUGCUCUGGACACGGAGGGCUUUCACCAGGAAGUCAUCCUGCUCACCCACCUCCGCCCCCGUGACCUCCUACCGGUGCGCAGCUUCCGCACGGGCCUCCGGCGUGGUCACUACGGCAACAGUUUCCUGGUGUGCGGCGUGCUUUACGGCGUGGACAGUAUGGAGCGUCGCUACGCCAACGUGACGUACGCCUUCGACACACACACGCUCACACACACCGUGCCGAGCCUGGCGUUCACGAACAUGCACUCGCACACCUCCCAGCUGGCUUACUGCCCGCUGGACAAGAAGCUGUACGCCUGGGACAACGGACAUCAGAUGAUGUAUGACGUCACCUUCGCUUAUUAGCGCGGUGGAGGAGACGGAGGAAGCGGCGGGUCGACAGGUGGUCAGCGAUGUAGCAUCCGGCGAGACGUCCAAACAACAACGCUGAUGACAGAAGGAACACCAGGCCUCUGCUCGGUGACCGCGGAUCUGUGUAACCGAACGUAUUUGAAUGAGAACCUCAGUAUUAACCAGCGAGCGCCUCGUUUCCCACGACUCAAGAUCACAGUAACGAGGCUUUUCUACGAGCGUCUCCACACGAACCAAAGCUUCUUAACGCCAGCUGUCAGUGGUGCUCAACAUCACGCUGAAUAACUGUAAGGUAACUUUGCUUCUUUAAAGCCGUGCUACAUAACAACGACACGUCCAUCGCGAGGCGACAGUGUUGUGAACAACACGAAGACAAAAUGUUUUACACUUAAACCUGAACUCGGUGCAGCGCGGCCCUCCGCUUUCAUGCAGUCGCCCCCUGUAAGGAAAGUGACUGACGGAGCUGCAGCUGGAGGCAGAUGUUAAACUCCUCAACUCAUAUUCAACCUAGAAACGAGUCGGUACGUUUCCUGAGCGUUAGAGAAGGAAGAAGAGGGAGAGGACAUCGGCUCAGUCACACAAGUCAACUGAUUGGUGCUUUAUCUAAACGGUACCAGCCACUUAACGACACUUAAAACUUCAAUAAACGCUGUGGUUGUGUUUCCUCUCAGCCUCCUGCGACUUGUUAAGGUUAAUUAUUUCUAAGAGCGUCCUCGGGGAAACUUCUCCUCAGCGUAGGAAGGUUCGUGAGGUCGACUUCAACAUGUUUUUUGGGGGAAAACGAGGCUCAAGAGCGGGAGAGCAGAAAACAAGUGGAAAUAUAUCAGUGUACAGUGGGGUCCAAGAAAAGCUCUGGCACCACUUUCCCAUUUAAGUGAGUGAAUGGAAAAACGGUAAAUUUCUUGUUUGGCACUUUUUGACUUUAUUACAAGCUGCGAUGAGAGAGAGGGAGGGAGAGAGAGAGAGAGAGAGGGAGAGGGAGGAAAGUCAGGGAGAGAGACUGAAUGGUAUUACAGUGGUAAAUGUGAGUUUUGUGUGGUUUAUAUAAAUGUAUAAUAUUUGAAAUCAGUCCUGUGUUUAAGAUGUUCAGCUCCGGAGAGUCGAAGCUGAUUCUGGUUUAAAAGAAUAAAGUUUACAGAUACUUUUCCAACGUCACUAUAAUGCAUCUAUAAUCAGUGUGUAAUGAAGCCGCAGCCUCUUCUCUCAUACGAUCAGAACCUAUACUGUAUUUAUGUUUUUAUAAUGAAGGUCUGCUGAGAGUGUUGCUGUCAUGUUCCACCUGAAGCUUUAGUGCAGGUGGGAACACGUGCUCCUUCCUCACAGCUUCACUUGUUUCAAAAAAUAUCCCAAGACAAGGUUGAGUUCAGCUGCUUCACUACAAGUUUUCCUUUUUGGUUUGUUAAUUUAUAAUAAAAUGUUUUGAAAAGG